CACGCUGAGGAGAGGCCACUGGAUUAAAUGCAGCCGACUCGGCAAAUAUAAGUGGUAACAGGAGGAAACAGACAGCAGUGAUGUGGUGGCUCCUGUGGGUGCUCGCCGCCUUGCUGGCUCUCUUCUGCUCUCUGGAUGUGUGGUACUUCCUGCGGGCAGCUGCUGUGAUCCUCCGGGCCUGGUUCAAGCCUCCGAUCUGGGACGUCACAGCCGAGCAGAUCGUCACCGGCCGGGUCACCUCCAACGACAUCGACAUGUGCCACAUGAACAAUGCUCGUUACCUCCGGGAGUGUGACUUUGCCCGCUUCUCUCUCUACACGCGUAACGGUGUGUUCAAGGCCCUGCGAGCUCUCAGGGCGUCCAUGGUGGUGGGGGCCACCACCAUCCGGUACCGCAGGGCUCUGUAUAUAGGGGAGGGCUACGAGCUGCGGAGCCGCAUCGUCACUUGGGACGACAAAGCUUUUUUCUUAGAGCAGAGAUUUGUGUCAACAAAAGAUGGGUUAGUGUGUGCCGUCAUGUACUGCAAGCAGAGCGUCAUACGCAGCAGCCCAGACAAGAUCAUGCAGCACCUGUGUAAGCGGAAGGUGGAGUGUCCUGAGUUUCCAGAAGACCUUCAGCACUGGGUCAGCUUCAUCUCAGCCAGCAGCCAGGCCCUCAGAGCUGAGAGUGGACUAGAUGACAAGAACAAAUAGGACAUUGCAUGGGCUGCUAAAAAAACGGCUUUUUGUAAAGACGACUAAUUCACCAUCUCAUGAUUUAAAAGGCAUUCGUCUUCUGUUCACGAUUACUUGACUUAAACACUAUUGUGCCUGAAAACAAACAACGCAGCCACUACUUGCCUAUGGUAACACUUGAAGAACUAGCACACUAGACUGUUUGUUUGGAGAGGCUAUGAUUGUAUAAAGUGUAUGUUUCUGUACUAUGGCAACAAUAAAACAAAUCAGUUUUGAA